AAAGACAGAGACGAUCCGAAUAGCGACGUCGUCACCCUAACUACAACACAGUAGCAAAAUGGCGGCGGUGAGUAUGGGAGCGUUCGGCGCUUAUAAACAAGCGUACAGUAAAUAUUUAAAGGAAUUAGAGGAGAGAGAAAGGGAAUUAGCCGAGAACGGCGAAGAUGCUCCCGAAGUAGAGACAGUGUGGGUCACGAAGCGUUAUACGCCGCUGGAUAUGCGCUCCUCCGCCCCUGUGCCCCGACACAAGCUGCUCGCGCCUAGGCAACUUCCGGCAGCUGAGCGACACUGGAUCCCUAGCAUGGACCCGCCGCUCCGAAGCUUCGAGCGCUCUCGCUCCGAUUUUUUCUACAAGUCACAUCCCGCCACGCGCUGUGAGGAUUACUCCACCCUCCGACAGAUGCUCCCCUCCAGAGGAAGUAUAGGGAAGCUGAACCCGCCCAACUGGGGAACCCACCUCUCACUGCCACCACUCAUCUCAGAAAACGCGCCCAGAAGAUUUCCACUUGUAAACAGCCCAAUGACCAGAUACGUAGACGACAUGCACCUGACAAACCGACUGUACAAACUUCACUAAGCGCCCUCACUUCCGGUCGAUCAAUUUUGUCGUCUGCUGCGUGCUGCAAUUUUUGUGUGUUCAUUUUUCCAUUGCUCAUUUUACACUCAUUUUUAAUAUUUAUUUAAAAAAAUUAAAAAAACCCAAACAUUCUCAGUCUUAAACAGUAUUAAAAUUUUAGAUUCUUUAUUCUUAAAUAAACUAUUUUGCACGAAUAUAUUUUUAUUUCUUUUGUGGGUCUACUUCAAGCCUCAGAUGUCAGUAAUAAAGACAUUUAAAGUAUUAUGACGGCAUGUAUUAAACAUUUUAGUCAACCACAAGUAGAAUAGCUGUUCUAUUUUCAUAACGUAUCAUGGAGAAUUACUUCUGACAUUCUCUACAUUUGCCAUUGUAGCGAAAUUGAUUGCAUUGUAUAUUAUAUUUACAUAGUGCUGUAGAUUUUAUACCAUACAAAUAUAAAGAAUUUUGUCGAAUUUUGGCAAACUGUGUGGUGUCUUUUUAUAUUACUGUCAAAUAUCAUCAAUGCGGACACAUAUUAUUUAAUACACCCUAACAAGUGUAAUAUUUAUUUAUAGUAUUGACUUUUUCUACAAUUUUGCUUUUUACUAAAAAAAUAUAAUUUCGUUGUGCAGUAUUGAACAUACCGAUCAGUAUUAAAACCUGUUGUUCAAAUAAAAUAAGUAUUUCUUAAUUUUUGUUUUGUUCUUAUACGAGUCUUGAGUUAUCUGAAUUAUAUCCAACUCAUUUGUGUAAAUUAACUGUAAUUUGAAUUAUACUG